GUCAGCAAAAGGUGUAUUAUAGUAGUGAGGAGGAGCAGCAGGCAAAAGAGGAACGUUUUGGGGCCCGUUGGAGGUACAGAGAGAAGUUGAGGUUGUGUGCUGGCUCGAGAGCCGACCUCACCGGCAACUGGAACACCUGCUGCUUUGCCGACUUUCCACUCCAGUAUUCGACCUACCAUCGUAGUAUCGACACCUGUUCGUUCGUUCGUUCGUUGGCUCAUCGAGUUCAUUCAUUCUGGAACGCCGCGACAUUCCUUUACCAAUUUUUUGUGUUUAUCGUAAACUAAUCGAAACACUAAAUAGAAAUCAUUCACUUUUUUUACUUAUUUAUGUUAAAAAAUUAAAUUAAUUAAGUUGAAUUAUUAUUAAAGUUUUAUAAAUCCGCGUGGACUUUUUUUUUAAUUUUACGUGUGGUUUUGACUGUUAGUUGUUGAUCCCGAGGAUAUCUUCCUAUUCGCUCGAAGGACUAAACGCACCCAGUCUAUUGUCGAUGUAAAUUUAAAAUGGAUGGACACGUAUGAAAACAACGUUACAGAAACAAUAUAAAUAAAGAGAUCAAAAAGGAUUGGCAAAAAAAUUAAAAAUGAAAUCUAAAAUGUUCAACUUGUACCUGUUGGUUAUCUUAUUUUCGUUUCACUUUGGAAUAACCAAAGCUCAAGAUUCUCAAGAAACUGUAUCUUGCGGUGGUUCGAUAGCUACGGCUGUGGUUGUUACGAUUAUUAUCUUGUUGGUGCUUGGCGGUGCUAUUUAUUACGGAUGGAAGCGAUAUGGAAAAUACAAGAAUGGAAAACAUCUUAUAUUGGAAAAAGAUCCGGAAAAAGGUGACGAAUACGCCUUCGACAAUCCCGGCUUUAAAGAACCAGGAUUAUCACCGUUGGGAAAAAUAAUCGAAAAACCAACCGCAGAAUCGUCUAACAAACCAAAAUGGGCCAAUUGGGCACCGUUAAGCGCCCUCACCAGCAAAUCCGAAAAGAAAAAAACCGUAGACGACUCCGCAAUAGGAGAAAAUGAAAUCAAAGUUGUCUCAUUGAGAAGUCAUGAUUUUACCGGACUUGGUUUUAAUAUUUGUGGCAAUAUGAGAAAUGGUAUUUUUAUUAAAGAUGUUCUCCAACAUGGACCAGCUUCAGAAUCUGGAAAAUUAAAUCCAGGAGAUAGAAUAACAAGUGUAACCAUAAACUUUGAGCAUAUGGUAUACGAAGAUGCUUUAACUAUUUUGAGUUACGCAAGUCCAUAUGAAGUUGUUGUUCAAGCUACUAACGGCAAAUUAAGUGCUGGAACAACCCAAUGUGCUCGACCUGUACAUCCUUUGUAUAAGAGCGCAUCAAGUACAGAUUUAUUACAAAUUAAUAGAUCCGCUAAAAAACGUCUUUUCCAAGCUGAAGAAUUAAAUGAAUCACUUGACUCAAAUUAUUCCAGUCUCCAAAAAACUCGAAGUAAUGCCACAACGUUGGAGAGAACACAAAGUGAUUCGCCCGUGCAAAAAACACCACAAAAGAAAACGAUUAAGAACGCGUUAACUCCGGAACAGCUCAAAAGUCAAUUAGAAAAAACAAUUUUAGAAGAUCACAAAGAAACACUUAAAAACAAACAAAAUUUUGACAAAACGCAACAAAAAGUUGAAUCGGAAACUCAAAAAACUGACUCUAGUUAUCAAAAAUUUGGUAUUAAAGUAUUCCCAAUCGAAAAUAAAGAACAAAAAAGUCCUAAAAUCGCCGAAUUAUCUCAAAAUGAUAAUAAUAUUAAUAUUGAAUUAUCCGACCCGAAAGAAGUAAAAGAAGUAAAAAGUUUCGAUGAGGUUGAUAAGAAAAGUGCUCCUCCUGUUAAGAAAAGAGAGAAAAAACCUGAAUCAUUUGAUGAACAUUUUAAAAGAGGGGGGAGUUUAACGGGUUCCGGGAUUAAACGUGAUGAAAAUGGAAUCCCGCAAGAAAUUCCAAGUCACAUGUAUAACGCAGCUUUAGCUGCGAGAAGAAAUAGGACGUCCUCACAAGAAAAUUUGGAGGAAAAAGUUAAGAAACAAAAAGGUAAAGCUCCUCCCCCUCCAGAACUUCAAAAAGAAAAUCAAGAAAAGCUUCAUCAAAAUUUAGACGAAAUUUAUACCGCGGAAAAUGAAAUUCCCCCAAUAAAAACACCCGAAAUUAUUCAAGAUAUACCUAUGAAUAUGAUAAAGCCUGAAAUUAGACAAUACGAAUCAGAUUCAGACCAAGAAACCGAUAAUCAAUCAUCGGUUAAUACAAUAGAAUUAAACUCAAAUGAUAUUACAAUUCAUCAAACUGAAGAUGGCGAAGAUAAACAAAAUCGGAGAACCGCCAGUACAGGUGAUUUAUCAAAAAUACAAAGAAUAAAAAGUAACACGGGGACUUUAGAAAGAGCACAAAGUUUAGAUAUAACCGACACCGGAAUUCCAGCUUUAGGAAAAAAACGAAAAGCUCCCGGGCAAUUUGAAGAAAAUUUUGAUUCAAUUGGAAGCUCUAAUGAUAGUCUGUAUCGAAACACCUUAAUCAAUAAAGAACCGAGAUUAUCAUUAAUUCUCGACGGUUUAAAUACAUUUCAAAGAAAUCGGUUGAAAAAAUCAACUGAAUGGGGUAACUUAGAAGAUGCUAUUUUAAAUCUUAAUAAAAGCGAUAGUUCUGAAAAUUGCGAAACCGGCGAAAGAAUGUUUGAUAAUGAAUCGAAUGACAGUAGCUUUGACAGAACCACACCUGAAUUAGAUGCUUUAGUAAACAAAAUCAAAGAAAUUAAAGAGGAAACAACGAAAAAUAUUGAAGAACAAGAAAAAGAGAUGAGAGCAAGCUGGAAUGAAGCAAGUGAAACUUUAACUAAAGCAAUGGAAUCGUUUAAAGAAAAACCAGUUAUCGAUGAUGUAAAAUAUGAAAUUUUUGAAAAGAAGAAUGAUAACGACGAAAUUAUCGAUAAAAAUGAAAUUUACGAAGUUGAAAUUGAAGAUCCUAAUAUUAAUGUUAACAUUAAUAAAAAUUCUUCUUUUGUAACUGACGUAUUAAACGCUGUGUCAAGUUUAAACUUUGAGGAUGAUAAAAAUCAACCAAAUAUAAAUCAAAAACAAACAAAUAAUUUAAGUAACGCUUCAACGGAUUUUUUAAUAGCUGAAAGAAAAGAUUAUCUUCACAAUAAUCUAGAAGAUACAAAUGUUUCUGAUGAUAUCAAAGUUUCUAGACAUUCGUUAAGCAAUGAUAAGAUAAUAAAACCAAAUGAAAUCCCAGUUAAACCACAUUUAAACGAGAAUGUAAGUAAUAUAACAAUUUCGGAUCGAUAUUCCGAAAAGAAACCUCAUUACGAAAUAUUUCCACAACAAACAACCUCAUCCACAACAAUAAAAGAUAAUAAACUUUAUAAGACUGACGAUAAAAUUUUAGUAUCAACACCUGAUUUGAUUAAAAAUGUAAGUAUAGCAGAAGCUAUUCAUGAUUUAAACGAAGUUACAAUCGAAGGACCAACAUCGUUAACGUUCGAAAUAAAAUCACCGGAUGUAAAUGAACCAAUCACAAAUAAAUCGAAUAUAAUGUGCGAAGAUUUACAUUUUUCAAGUUUAAGUAACGGAAAUUUACAUAAAGAUGAUCACCAUCAAGAUCAAAAACAAAAUAACAGUUUAACUUAUAUAACCGAAAUUCAAGUAAUAACACCGAACCAUAACAAAAACGUAUCUGAAGUCGAAGUUGUACAAAAAACGAAAAAUCUCGAUAACGAUUUUGAAAAUUUCGUAAAAAAUUUUGAAUCGAAAACUUUAGAAACGAAAUCAAUCUCGACUGAAAGUAUUCCUGAAAUGAAAUCGCCAACUCCGUUUGAAAAAAUUGACGCUGAAAAAGAAUUACAUAAAAUACAAGAAAUCGCCGAAGAACAACUGAAAAAAUUACCUGAAAUGAGAUUUUCAACGUCCAGUUAUGAACCGUUAAAAAUCCCCGAAAAACGUCAGUCGCAAAUUGAAAUUUUACGAUCGAACUUUGAAAGAAGUCCGCCGAAAACGUUGGCGAAACCGGAAACUCCAAUUAAAUCGCGAAUUCCAAUCGCUACGACUAAAACUCCCCCGACGUCGCCGGAACGACGCGAUUCGAAAAACGAAUUUGAAAUGGAUAAAGAGAUUAUUGAAAUAAUGACGUCUGGGAAAUAUCAACAGCCGAAAAAUCCCAGUAAAAACGUGACGGUUACGUCGAUAAGAAGUUCUAAAAUACCGUCUGGUUUACCUACAUACAGUAAUCGACCACCUGUACCUCCACGUAAAAGUGAAAAUCAAGAAGGAAGCAGUAUUAUACAAUUGUCAUCAAAUGGAAAUACGGAAACUAGUUUUAAACAGUGGGUUUUUAGUCCCAGUUCGGAUAAUUCGAUUACUAAUAUUACUGUAGCUGAAAAUCAUCAAAUGGAAAAGUAGUGCCAAUAAUAAUUUUUGGAUACAAAUUCAUUAAUUCAGUAAGACAUAAAAAAUAAGAAUAGAAAAUAUUUCAUUGUUAAUAAUGUAUAAGUGUUUAUAAAAUCUAUUCACUUUUUGUCUUUUUUUCUUGUGAUUUUUUUUUGAAGAUGGCCAUUAUAUAGCAAUAAUUUGGUAACUUGUAUGUUUUUUUUAAGAAUUAUUUUGUUAUAAAUGUUACUUAUAAAAAUGAUGUAUACAUAAAAUUACAUAUUCCAUGAAUUCAACAUGUUUUGAAUUACUAAUGGAAUGAAUUAACUUAUCUGAUUUAAUUUCAUAAAUAAGAUUUCGUUUAGUUUUUUUAUGCAAAAUGUAAAGAAAACUAUUCUAAUUUGAACCUUGUAUAGUAUUGAUCUGGUAUUAUCAUGUUAUGUAAAAUGGAAUAAUUUUUAAAAAUAGGGAUAAAACGAGAGGGUAGCAAUAAGUUUUAACAUGUUUGUAAAUAAUCAGUCUAACAAAAUAUAAUUAUUAUUGUUUUC